CCGAACCGGGGGCUCGGUCCAUGAACGUCAGCGUCUGGGGCUUCCGCGGCAACUUCCUCUCCCGCAAGUGGGUCUCCUACACCAUCGACUUCAGCCAACUGCUCAGCAGGACCUGCGAGGAGAAGGACUACACCAUCUGGCUGGCUCACUCCAGUGAUCCCAGUGACCCCAGUGACGGCUGCAUACUGGGCUACAAGGAGCAGUACCGGCGCCUCCGCAAAUCCUCCGUCUGUCAAAACGGCCGGGACUACGCCGUCACCAAACAGCCCUCCGUCUGCCCCUGCACCCUCCAGGAUUUCCUCUGGUACCUUCCGUCCCCACCUUCUGUCCCCCAUCCGUGUCCCCGGCCCACCACCCAACUGUCACCCUCCCAGGUGGCUGUGGCCCUGAGAAAGCUCAUAAAAACUCAUAAAAAGCUCAUGAAAACUCAUGAAAACUCUUAA